UCAUUUAUAGCUUGCCUGGGCCACCGCAAGAGCGCACACAGGGCGCACACCGGGCGCGCAGGAACCCGGGAUCAAGCGCGUGCAGAGCGAAGAGUGGAAAGCCCGGCUUGUGCAUCUCUCAGGUGGCCAAAGAAACCCAUGCUGCCGCCGCCUGACAGAGCGCUGUCCGUCCGCUGAGGUGCUGAACCGCAGGACUCGACCCCUUCAACUGGUGACUUAGAGCCGAGACGCAUCCAAGAAAAGAACCAAGACUCAAGCUACAAAGACAAGUAAACACCAGAUCAACAUUACAAACAUUUAUAUGUUCAUUUGCAUGGAUUUAAGGCACGUUCAAACAAAAAACGAAGCAGAAAACGCGGAGCAGAAGUGAUGGCUGGACUCCCCCCCGCCCUCGGCGUCACUCCGGCGGUCUGAGCCAAGCAGCGCGCUGCCGCUUCACACCGGAACCCAGCGGAGCCUCCGUAGAUGAGGAGAGUGACAGAGGCUUUCGAUCAGUGAGGUGAAUGUUGAUGACACUAUUGAAAUGUUACCAAAAUCAAGAAGAGCUCUCACCAUUCAAGAGAUUGCUGCAUUAGCACGAUCCUCCCUUCAUGGUAUUUCCCAGGUAGUGAAGGACCAUGUGACAAAGCCUACAGCCAUGGCUCAGGGCAGAGUGGCCCAUCUCAUAGAGUGGAAAGGCUGGUGUAAGCCAAUCGACAGCCCGGCAGCUCUGGAGUCAGACUUCAACUCUUACUCUGAUCUCACUGAGGGGGAACAGGAGGCACGCUUUGCUGCUGGAGUCGCGGAGCAGUUUGCCAUAGCAGAGGCUAAGCUGAGGGCCUGGUCCUCUGUUGACGGUGACGAAUCCAACGAUGACUCAUAUGAUGAGGAUUUUCUGCCUGCCAACGAGCCCGCCACACAGAGCACAGAUGUGCCAUCAUAUCCUCCCUACUUGAAGGACUUGAUCCACAGCCAGCUCUGCCAGCACCUGGGCCUGCGUGGACCAUGCUGCGACGGCGGAGGAGGAGAGGGAGGUGGCAGUGGCGAGCCCUCCCCCACAGCGGGCUCCCCGGACACCCUGUGCUCAAGUCUCUGCAGCCUGGACGAGCACCACCCCCUGCUGCGGGACCUGGGUGGCCACCGUGGCACCCACUCCCACAGCAAUGCAGCAGAGCUUGCUGCCAAGAUCCUGUCAGCACUGCAGGGAGGGGAGGAGCUUCUGCUGGCCCGACUUCAGAGGGCGGGGCAGAGCGUGCCUGGCGGGGGGGACUGUGCCUUCCACGGCCCGAAUGGGAGAGGGCGGGGCAUCAGGCCCUGCAGGGGUCAGGACUCUCCUUGCUACUCCAUGUCGUACUCUGAGACGUACCUGUCACCUGGCGAGGACGAUGACACCCCCUGCAAGGACUAUGAGAGCACGGUGUGCCAGGUGGAGGCAGAGGGCAACAGAGAGGAGUACCCACCCGACUACGACCCACGCAGGAGGGUGUCUGACGUGGCCUCUUCUGGGGUGGUGUCUCUGGAUGAGGAGGAUGAAGAUGAAGAGGAGAGGGCAGCAGAGCCAAACAACCAAUGACUCGUCUCAUUUCACCUCAGUGUUUGAUCCCUCCUUGGAGGGGUUUCGUCUUCUCUUCAUCGUGUCUGAAAAGUUUGAACAUUCGCGCAUGUGGUGUUUGGACUGAAGCAUCCAUCUAUGCCUUACUUGCAGCAUUUCAACUCCUCCCUAACUGCUUUGUCCCUGUAUUUUCUUUUGAGGCGUCAAAACAAUCUUUUUUAUCGGUGUGACAGCAGGAGUGGGACUUGCUACAGCAGUCCAGGGACUUCCUCGUGGGUAUGACGCUCACAGUUUUCGGCUCUGUCCCGACAUGGGAAGUGACUGCAAAAAUGGACGCCACCAACAGGCAGACAGAAUGACUCCAGAGUCCUAAACUCUGACUUAUCUUUGCAUGUUUUGCAAGUGCUGAAAUCAAUGGGCUGACCCGGUCUUGAGCACGGUUUGUAAUCUCAGCUGUUCUGUAUAACCCCCCCCAUCCUCUUUGCCCACACCCCUAGUGUCUCCUGUGGAAGGGAGGGUUGACACUGCAUCCUGGGACCUGCCCUAAACUCCCCCCUUUUCUCUCCCUCUCUCCUCUGUCCUUUGCAAGAGACAAAUAGCAUCCUUUUGGGCAUGGCUUGCUGAGUAUGCCAAACUAUUUAACCCUGUCACUACAAGUUAUGAGCAAAUGCUGGAAUGUUUUCAAAGUGACAGGACAUAGUAUGUAUUUUAAAAUAACAAAGUAAAAGAAGACUUGUUACAGAUUAUAUGACAGAAAUGAUAUGCUUUUAUUGUACUAGUUUUCUAUCACUCAGACAUGUUGUUGUUCACAUUAUUCAAACAUCAUUAUGAUGGAUAUCUGCCAUAAUGAUCUACCAUAGGUACUGGAUUUUUUCAGAGGUUCUGUGGAUUCCUGCGUGGAAGACGUGAACCUUGGUCAUUUCUAAAAAAAAAAUACACAACAGCAGCAGCAGCAGCAGCGACAACAACAAACACUGACAGAAUGUUCCUGAAGUGACCCUUUGGCGAUUUAGUAAGGUUGUGGUGCAAGUGGAAAAGACAGAUUUUUCUGUGAUGAGAAGAGUUGCAUCGAAGAUUUUCUAUAUUUUUGUAUGCGUUGUCUUGCUUUGAUCUCUUUGCCUAUGCGGCGUGCCAGUGUAUGUGGUUUUUUGCACGAAGCUAACGUGGCUGUAGAUUUCUCCUUUUCUUCGUUAUCACUGUGUGAUAUAGUUUACUGGGAAAAAAUAAUACAAAUGUGAACAAUUUUUAUUUUGUUUUUCAAAAGAGGAUACUGUGAUACGGUUUGUUAUUGCCAUAUGUCAUAAUCCUCAUGGAGAGCUCUUAUUUUACUUCAUUUUGAUGCUCUUCUUUCUUUCUUCUCAUACUGAAUCUUUGCCUUUUAGUGUAUACUUUUACUUUUUAAAAUAUUUGGCAUGUUUAAAUGUGGCACAUGCAGAAACUCCCCCAUCAUCAUGUCGAUGUGAGGAGCUGCGUUGAGGCUCUCCCAGAGGGAUCGUCAUUCAUACAACUCAGGAAACUCCAUUGGACAAGAGCAUCAGUGCAUCACGACCACUCUCAUCACACCUCUGUCUCUCAUCUUCAGUGUGACUGUGUGCGUUUUUGUGAGAGAGAGUAAGCCUGGUGUGUGCGGUUAUUUUUUACAAAUAAUUAAAGCACAGAUUCAGCCCCCAGAUCCUUCUUUUAAUGUUAUUUUAACGGUCAAAAAAGCCUCAAUGUGUGAAUCCGUGAGUUUUGUGCAAACGUAUGAGUGGCUGUAUUGUAAAGAUGUCAGCGAGCCUUUCAAGCUUGCACUGUAAAGUCAUUACAAAACCCCUCCAACGCAGCGAUUCCCUUUAAUGCAGUGUCUGGUGUAGCUGAGUUUUCGUUGGAGGUUUACUGGUGCUGCCAAUUUAACUGAAGGGGAUAAAAGCAUUCAGUACAAACAUAAAGAAAUUAUUCAAAAAGAAGAGAGGAGAUGAUAAAUGGGGUCGAAACUACAUGAAAACUACAUGAGCAGCCCCAGGCAGGAAAGACGGAGACAACUCAGGGGGAACCAUUGAAGCUGUGCCUUUCAUUUGUCAUCUUUGACCUCUCACGAUGCACUGCCAUCAUCAUCACAUCAUCCGUGCUGUCACUCAGGCCAUAUCUUGGCUUCCUUUCUCUCCUUCCCUUUUUAGAUGAUCAAAAGUAAAGUGAAAUGCACCAACAAAGGAACAAAAAAGCAUCCUGUUGCACGUUUUUUUUUUCCUGCUGCAAGUAGAAUCUGGAGGUUACGCCGGGCAGUUUGCGUCAUCGUCCUUUGGGUUGACAUUAAAAGCUGGGCGAUGCCGGCGAGACGAGGUUGCGCUUUUGUCCUGGUGCGGUUAUGAGUGAGCCGUUGUUCAACGCCCUCCCCUUUUUAUCUGUCCAAUCCAGGGCAUCCUCUGUCUCUGAGUGUCCCUGUCCUGUGAGAAAGAAACGGGCACCUUGGUGUGAUGUGCUCUUCAUUCACUUGACUGUUUUAUCUCUUUCACUUUCACAUUUUUUAGUUUAGAUAUGAGCAGAGCUGGGCACUUGGCUUGUUAAUCCGUAUCUGUCCAACAUUAAUUAUCUUUGAUUUAAAAAAAAAAAAAAUGCAUUUAACAGAUUGAAAACAGUUUACUUGCGUUUCUUCUUCACUAGUUUUCUCAACAUGAGCAUAGAGCCUCCUGUACUGAAGAAAACAAGCCUGCCUUCAGGGGUUUUAUUGUGAAAGGCUGCUUCACCUACAUGAAGUUCUGUAGCUCCUGAGCUCAUUUAGAUUACAUACUUGUACCUUAUAAAAAAUGUAAUAUCUGUAGAUUUGGAGCAAGCUGUGAGUCAUUAUGUGUGUAAUCUUUUACUAGAUUUAUAUGAAAUGUUAAAGUAUUAUGAUCAGAAAACAGCAGAGCUUCAAUUGGUUAGGCAUAAUGAGUGUAAAUUGGUAAUCCAUGGUCUAACAGAUGCAUAGAUUUGGACUAGGGAUGGGAUUUACAGCAUGUUUUCUAUGGUUUGUUGCUCAUCAGUUCUUGGAAUAUAAUGGCCAAAUCAUAGGGCGUUAACAUUAAUGUGAAAGUUGACCCUUCAUCCAUGGAUUAAAGGCCUUAGCAAUCUGAGUCUGUUUCUUUCGUGUGAACUGUAGCACAUUAAAAAAAGACUACAAUCUUACAAUCUUAAAUUUGCACUCUGAUGCUGAAACUUUCAUACGUCUUUUUUUUCAGAACAGGUUCUAUUUUUUGUUUCUUUCUGCAUCAAUCCAAGUAAAUCAUAUUGAUGUAUUUUUCAGAGCUGCAGCUGCGGCUCCCUCUCUCUCUCUCUCUCUGUAGUACUGAAACCUCACUUUAAACACCAUGCUUUGCCCAUGAAUACUUUGGAUAUCAACCAUCCAACAUGAGAGAAAAUAAGGGCAAUUUUGGACUCACAGCCACGUAACAAGGGGGCUGAGUUGAAAAGAUGCACUCUCUUCAACUUGUCACAGCGCCGUGUUGCACAAGCUUAUGCAAAUACCCAUAAGGUCAGAAUGGAUGGACCCAGUGAUUUUCUUUUUUAGGUAGUGAGAGCCACAUAAACAUUUAAACUGCUUUUUUCUUUCACAAGAGGAUUUCACCUUGUACUGAGAAUUUUAGCAAUGAAUAGGAAAAUGAAUAUAUCAGUCUAUGUGUGCAAGGUGUGUGGCAUUUUUAUCAGAUCACAAACCCUAAAACAAACCGGAGUAGACUCAGUGUGCAAAGACCUACUGAAGCUAGCCUCUCUGGUAACAGAUUUACAUUUCUAAAUGACUGUGCCCACCUCUGCUUUUAAGGAAUACAACUUUUGUUUCUAUUCAUUUUCAACUUCAUCGUAAAUGUAAGACUAACCCUGAAUCUUUGUGGAUGUGGCAUCAUGUUUGAUCCCCUCAUCUAGAGGGAACAUUUUGUCCUUGUGAUAGAAAAGGGAAAAUUUCCCACCGACACACAUACAGACAGCCUGAUGAAUGUCUCCCCUCUCCAUCCUGCUGUCUCUGUCGUGUCAUUUCCUGUCCCCCCUCCUCUCCUCCAACUGCUCUUUGUCUCCACCCCCCUCUCCCCCUUCUUUUUCCCACAGUGGGGGCUCAUUACAUAACCAGGAGGACGUCUGAGCGCUACCUUGGCCAACAGGCAAUUAGCCCUCGAUUAUGAAACGGCCUGACGAACAGGAGAUGCAUAUCUCUCUCCUGUCUGUCUUUUUCGAUCCCUCGUGUCAUUUUCCCCUUCGCUCCAUCUGCACCCUCCCCUUUUCUUUUAUUUAAUCUCCUCCCCAUCCUUACAGCCUCAAGCGUUUCCUAAGCAGCAUCUUUUGAGGUUAGCUGUCCCAGAAAACUCAAUGUGGCUCUAAGAAGUGUUUUUGCUUGCCUCUCUGUUCGGAAGUGAUUAAUAUUUCCAAAAACAGAAGAGCAGCCGGCUGUCCUUGAGUCGGACAGAUGUCUUUCGAAUGAAACACGUCUCUUUUUGUGGGUGUGCGAGCGCGUUUUUGGUUUGUUGCUUCAGGCGAGCGCUGACAUUGGACACUUAUCAGAGAGAAGUGCUCCAGAUUCUGUCCCGCUCACUGUGAUAGUGGCGGGAGAACCCGGCGCUAUAAAAAGACAUCAAAACAUCUGUCGGACAGCGUCAAGGCAGGGGGGUGUAUGAAUAUUCAAGAGAUGGUGGUGCCCUCGUCACCCUAUGGCCUACUUAUUAUUUUAAAACUAAGAUAAAGGGCCACUCACACCUCCCCCCCACCCCCACCCCAGUGGUGACUAUUA